AGUACAACUACUGUUGCCACUCUUCAGCAUGGGAGCCAUGCCACUGCAUUGUGUGUGUGGAAUAUUUACAUUCCUGAGUGUCUGUCUGAUUUCCUUCACAACACCUUGCAAUGGAGGGAACAUUCUGGUGUUCCCUGUAGACGGCAGUCACUGGGUCAACAUGAAGAUCCUGCUAGAAGAACUUCAUGCCAGAGGACACAACAUCACUGUGAUCAGGGCCUCCACCAGCUGGUACAUCGCAGAAAAGUCUCCUCUCUACACCUCCAUUACAAUUGCAAUACCAAUGGAUGAAGGUUUGGAGAACUUUUUUGAUGACUACCUACAAGAGAAUAUGAGGGCGCAGAGACAGGGGGCUUCAGCACUUACUUUCCUCAAAAUCACCAAGGAUUUCCUUUCAAUGCUUUCUGAAGCUCAUUCUAUAUGGUCUCAAGCUCUUGUUGAAAUCUUUGAUGAUGAGAAUAUGAUCAAAAGCUUAAUGGAUUCCCAAUAUGAUUUUGUUCUGACUGACCCUGCCAUGGCACCAGGGGUCUUACUAGCUAAAUAUCUCAAACUGCCCCUGGUGCUCAAUGUUCGUUGGAUCACCAGCGGAGAAGGCCACUUUGCAAUAGCCCCCUCACCACUCUCUUAUAUCCCAGUGCCAGGAUCGGGCUUAACUGAUAAAAUGAAUUUCAUGCAGAGGAUCAAGAACAUGUUUUUCUACAGCAUCAUACUGUUCCAGCAGAAAUUCAUUGUGGGACCAAGCUACGAUGCCCUCUGUGAUAAAUAUAUAGAGGAUGGAUGUGACAUCAUUGCGCUUCUUCAAGAAGCAGACAUUUGGCUGUUCAGAUCCGAUUUUGUGUUUGACUUCCCCCGGCCCACAAUGCCAAAUGUUGUCUACAUAGGAGGGUUCCAGUGCAAACCGGCCCAACCUCUGCCAGCACACCUGGAGGAGUUUGUUCAGAGUGCUGGGGAGCACGGAGUGAUUAUAAUGACUCUGGGAACUUUGGUUAAUGCUUUGCCCAAAGAUGUUGCAGAUGAAAUUGCCAGCGUCUUUGCUAAGAUGCCUCAGAAGGUGUUAUGGAGGCACAAAGGUGAACAUCCCUCCACUUUGGGCAACAACACUCUGAUAGUGGACUGGAUGCCACAGAACGACCUCCUGGGCCACCCACAGACCAAAGUCUUUGUAGCUCACGGAGGAACCAAUGGAGUCCAGGAAGCCAUUUACCAUGGUGUCCCUGUGCUUGGCAUACCCUUGUUCUUUGACCAAUAUGACAACCUCCUACGUUUGCAGGAGAGAGGAGCUGGAAAGAUCAUUCAGUUAGUUGAUGUUAAUGGCCACAGUUUUGAACAAGGUCUCAAGGAAGCGCUCCAUCAAGACAGCUACAGACUGAACAUGCAAAGACUCUCACGUCUGCACAGAGAUCAGCCAAUACCACCCAUGGAUCGGGCCAUCUUCUGGGUGGAAUACGUGAUGCGCCAUAAAGGGGCUCCACACCUGCGUACAGAGGCUUAUAAGAUGCCCUGGUACUCAUACUACUGUUUAGAUGUAGUGGUACUAUUGCUGACCAUAGCAACUGGACUGCUGCUCUCUGCUUUGGCCUUUUUCAGGUUUCUCUGCUGCAGCAGAAGAAGAAAGACCAAAGCCAAGCAACACUGACUGAGGUCAAAUUCAUUUAGAAAUAUGCUACAAUAGGUUCUGUAAAGCACUGUAUCACACUGUAGCACAAGGUAUCUAAUUUGUACCUCUUUAUUAUUUAUGAAGUAAAAUGACACUCAGUCAAUUGGUUUACAUAUAGUAUACAUAUAGUUAAAGUAAUGUACCUCCUUCCUGUUUGAAAAUCAGUUGUGAACAAUAUCUUGACAGAUUAAAAUUUUGGUUAUUAAAUGCCCCCAACUCAUUGGUGAUAGUUUCAUCUUGUCAACAUUAUUCUAUAAUUUUGCAUCCACUGUAAUAUGAAUUAGAUUGGAGCCAAAACACCAAUCACUGUCUCAGUGCUGGAACAUUGAUCAUUAUCAUGAUCUUAAGCUGACCCCAUUCAUUUCCAAUGUGCCGAGCUCCGAAAUGUUAUAAGUUGAGUAUUUUUGGGCUGAAAUCAAUUCAGAUGUGACCAAACUAAGUCCAAAUAAUCAAUUCAUUUUUGAGUGAAGAUCAAUACAUUUUUAUGUAAAAAGGAACUGUCUUUUUGUUAUCACUCCUAAAAGAGAAAAUAUUCUGCACAAAAAUCUCUCUCUAACAUGAACAUCAUGAACUGUCUGUGGACAUGCCCUCUGUUGCUUUGUGUUCAUUUCACUGACGUCUUGGCCUCACAUGCCCACAUUCCCCUGUCCAGAUGCCAAGCUUGUAAAAUAAAUAUUAGAUAUGUAAGAUAUGCUGAGAGCAAGACCAUUGCAGCUGACAUUUUUGGUCAGAGGCUAUGAGACCAAAUUUCCACUGGACUAGAGGGCAAAACAAUGUCCAUCAUCUGUUCAGUUAGAUUUAAUAAUGUUAAGAUACAAAUGUGCUUGUUGCAGAAACUGAAAAAUGCCAGAGAAACACAUGGAGCUGGGAUACAUUUAGUAAUCUGUUAUUUGUUACUUAAGACAAUGCAGUGUUUUCUCUGAGAUGCCGCUGGUAUACGACUGUGUGAGCAACAGCAAAGUUAAUCACAAUAUCAAGAACACAUGUAUGUAUCUCUACCAGGACGCCACAGGCAAUCAGUUUUUAUGGAAAACUUGGAGAUCAAUUAUGUCCUGGUUGUUAUUCUUUGUAUUUAUAUCAAUCCAGAUAAAUUACAUCAUCUUCUAAACUAAAAUCAAUGCCAGUGAGAAGACAAAUCUCAAAAAUGACUAUGGAAAAUCCUAUAAUUUCAGAAAAUAGACCAUAUUAAAACCAUUUCCCUGUCUUGAAAAGUCCCAAAACAGAUGCCUUGAAACAAUCAAAGGCUGGAAAGGAGAGCUCUCUUCAAUGCAGCAUAAGCUCAUAUGGUUUUGGUUUAUACAAUGAGUGAGGUUGCCUUGGUAAAUCUAACUACAAGCUAAAUUACAUUUCACUUAUCAUUCAGUGAUACUGUGCUUGAGACUUCUGAGUUUACUGAUGAGGAAAGAAAAUCUGUGAAGACAUUCCAAGGUAUGAAGGCAGCGAGGUGUUUUAUGAGACCUGGAAUCACAUUAAGUGUAACAUAAAAACACACACACACACACACACACACACACACACACACACACACACACACACACACACACACA